GGCUGUGUACUAGGGCUGCUUGAUUGUGGGAAAAAAUCAUAAUCACAACUAUUUUGAUCAAAAUUGAAAUCACGUUUAUGCAAACGAUUACGCGGCGCACAGGAUGAUUUAUAUUGUUUACAGACAUCAUGUCAUUUCUGUCUCUACAUAAUAGCGCAUUUACAAUUCUCCUCUGUUCUCUGUAUUGUGCACACAGAGUUCGGCCCCGAUGCGCACACACACAAACACGCGCACAGAUACGAGCCCACGCGCACACAGACACAUGCGCACACAGACACGUGCACACAGACACAUGCGCACACAGACACGUGCACACAGACACAUGCGCACACAGACACAUGCGCACACAGACACAUGCGCACACAGACACAUGCGCACAGACACAUGCGCACACAGACACGUGCGCACAGACACAUGCGCACACAGACACAUGCGCACACAGACACAUGUGCACACAGACACGUGCACACAGACACGUGCACACAGACACAUGUGCACACAGACACAUGUGCACACAGACACGUGCACACAGACACGUGCACACAGACACGUGCACACAGACACAUGUGCACACAGACACGUGCACACAGACACAUGUGCACACAGACACAUGUGCACACAGACACAUGCGCACACAGACACAUGUGCACACAGACACACGUGCACACAGACACGUGCACACAGACACAUGCACACACAGACACAUGCGCACACAGACACAUGCGCACACAGACACAUGUGCACACAGACACAUGCGCACACAGACACACGUGCACACAGACAUAUGCGCACACAGACACAUGCGCACACAGACACAUGUGCACACAGACAUAUGCGCACACAGACACGUGCACACAGACAUAUGCGCACACAGACACACGUGCACACAGACAUAUGCGCACACAGACACGUGCACACAGACACGUGCACACAGACAUAUGCGCACACAGACACAUGCGCACACAGACAUAUGCGCACACAGACACGUGCACACAGACACAUGCGCACACAGACACGUGCACACAGACAUAUGCGCACACAGACACGUGCACACAGACACGUGCACACAGACACAUGCGCACACAGACACGUGCACACAGACAUAUGCGCACACAGACACGUGCACACAGACACAUGCGCACAGACACAUGCGCACACAGACACAUGCGCACACAGACACGUGCACACACAGACACAUGCGCACACAGACACGUGCACACAGACACAUGCGCACAGACACAUGUGCACACAGACACAUGUGCACACAGACACGUGCACACAGACACAUGUGCACACAGACACAUGUGCACACAGACACGUGCACACAGACACAUGUGCACACAGACACAUGUGCACACAGACACAUGUGCACACAGACACAUGUGCACACAGACACGUGCACACAGACACAUGCACACACAGACACAUGUGCACACAGACACAUGUGCACACAGACACAUGUGCACACAGACACAUGUGCACACAGACACAUGUGCACACAGACACAUGCGCACACAGACACACGUGCACACAGACAUAUGCGCACACAGACACGUGCACACAGACACGUGCACACAGACAUGCGCACACAGACACAUGCGCACACAGACAUAUGCGCACACAGACACGUGCACACAGACACAUGCGCACACAGACACGUGCACACAGACACAUGCGCACAGACACAUGCGCACACAGACACAUGCGCACACAGACACGUGCACACACAGACACAUGCGCACACAGACACAUGCGCACAGACACAUGUGCACACAGACACGUGCACACACAGACACAUGCGCACACAGACACGUGCACACACAGACACAUGCGCACACAGACACAUGUGCACACAGACACGUGCGCACACAGACACGUGCACACACACAGAGACAUGCGCACACAACACCUCUCUCGCUCUCCCUCUGCCAUUUUCCGCAUGCUGUCUUUGAAAUCUUCUGCGAUCACCUGCCCCUCGCAUUAUUCAUAGUUCACCUACUUGACCGGGGGGGGGGGGGGGGACCGUAAUCGCAAUCACCAGAUGAUUAAUUGCACAGCCUUAUGCCCUCUAUACACUGUGCGAUUUUAAUGAUCUUAUAAGACCACUGUAUGACACACUGUGAGACGUGGAUCUAAUAAACUUUGGUACGACGUCAAGUUUCAUGUGUGCAGAUAGUACGAUGGCCGUUUACUACUGAAUCGCAGGUUACGACGUACGUCAAUAUGCAACAUCAUCAGCGUGCACCGCAUCAGCGUAUGUCAUCCAUCUGCACCACCAUAGGUAGCUUGCUCACCUGGAAGUUGCAGUUCCUCCUCAGUUUCCUUCCAUGCAGUGUCUUUUUUCUGGCGGUCAUGAUAGCAGCUGGCGGAAACAUCAAACCAACAAGGCUUCUGCUGCCACAGCUCCACCAAACUUUCCUCUUUCUAGGAGUUCCAGAAACUUCUUUCUGUUCGUUUUACCUCAAGCAAGCGAUCAUUUGUUUGGGCUUAGCGCCGGUGUCGCAGUGACCAUUGCGUCAUUUCGUGCUGCAUUUCUAUUGGUUGAUUAGUAGACGUAGGUCGUAGCAGCUGUCACACUGUGAGAUAGUCAUCCUAAAUUUCUGACACCGUCAGAAUUUUAUCUCAGGUUAUCUUUGGUCGCAAGACGUUGACAAUAGCCGUCCUUGAACCUGUCUCACAGUGCGGCGUAAGACCACCAUUUUAGAGUCACGACCAAAGAUAUUGCCACGUUUCUCCCACGAUGGUCAUUUUUCGUCUAACCCAUGGGCUGUAUGGGUCUAACCCAUGGGCUGUAUGGGUCUAACCCAUGGGCUGUAUGGGUCUAACCCAUGGACUGUAUGGGUCUAACCCAUGGGCUGUAUGGGUCUAACCCAU